GAUGAUGAAGAGACUAAGCCCAUAUCCGUAAGUUCUGUGGAAGUGCUCAAACCCCAGGUAUCUUAGGUUGCGCUUCUGUCGUCACUAGGUAUAUUGAGCCCAUAAAUUUUGAUAUAUUGGUUAUAAGUUUCAAGUUCAAGUCGCAGCUCAAUCAGCGGCGUUGAUAUCGGCUUCACCUAAUGUUGGAGAAGGGGAUAUAGCCGAUAUAACCGACUACGCACAUCCUUCGGCUAUUUGCCCCCUCUUACCUAGCCAGCCACAACAUCGCCAGCUCGUCUUUGUCUGGAUGACGUACCUGAUUACUACCGGCCAUACCUUCCAUACCAGUCAAUUAUUGUUGAAUGUUGUCUCGAUCGGUUUAAAAUCGAAUUAAUGACUUUUCGAGAUUGAGGUUAAAUUUCAUCUGCAGUCUCAUUGCACCAUUGCAACAUGGCAUCUCGAAACCUGAUGGUAACAUUUUGGCGGCGCAAUACAAAUCUGGUAUCGAAGCAACAGCUCCGGCGGCUCACACUACAUGAAUACCAAUCUCAGGACCUUUUGAAGGAGUUCGGCAUCCCAGUACCCCGAGGUCACCGCGCAAGAACACCGGCCGAAGCUGCAGUGAUUGCCAAAGAGCUUGGAGGAGCCUGUGCUCUCAAAUCACAAACAUUGAGGGGUGACAUCGACGAUGGCACGUUUGACAACGGUUCAGGGGCCGGCACCCAACUGGUCAACGACGCAGAAAGUGCCGAAAAAGUUGCCAAUCGCAUGCUUGGUCACUUUUUGAAGACGGCUAAAUCUUUGGGAAACGGAACUUUGAUUAACAAACUUCAUGUCACGGAAGCCGUAAAUUCCGAGAAGAAGUGGUACUUGGCCAUUACGUUCGAUCGCGAGAACUACUGUCCAACGAUCAUCGCGUCCAAAUUUGGCGGAGUCGCCAUCGAAACAAUAGCAGCACAACAUCCAGACGAUCUUCAUACGUUCCAAUUUGGAUUCACGGAGGGCAUCACAUCCGGACUCGCUGACAAAGUCUCAAGAUGUUUGGGAGCUUCAGCGAAGGAGACGGAGGAUCUAGAAGACAUUCUCGGCAGGCUUUACAAACUUUUCACGACCAAAGACGCAACUUUACUAGAGAUCAAGACUCUAGCCAGCUCACCCCAAGGAGGGCUAACUUGCACGGACGCCAAGUUCUCCUUUGAUGAUGCCGCCGCCAAGCGGCAAAAUUCUCUUUUUGCAGAGCGAGACACGGAGCACGAAAUCCCAGAAGAAGUAGAGGCCGAGAGGUACGGGCUGGUCUAUGUUCACAUGGACGGUGAUAUUGGCAACGUGGUCAAUGGUGCCGGUCUCGCAAUGGCGACCAAUGAUGCCAUUGCGCUGCACGGAGGCGCCAGUGCCAACUUUCUUGAUGCGGGCGGGCAAGCGACGAAGGAGACCAUGGUCAAGGCAUUCGAGAUUAUUUUGAGGGACCAGAGGGUGAAGACGAUACUCGUCAACAUCUAUGGCGUUAACAAUCUCUUCGCAGGCAUUACCAGAGGCGAUAUGAUUGCAGAAUCCAUUCUUGGCGCAGCAAAAGAGCUGGGUCCGCUCAAGAUUCCUAUGGUGGUCCGACUUCAAGGUACCAACUCUGAGCUGGGAUUGAAAAUUCUGGAGGAAGCGAAUCUCGGAUUGCACACGGAGGCGGAUUUUGGGAAAGCAGCGCAAAAGGCAGUAGAGCUGGCGCGAGAAGCAAGGUCGGUGUCUUUGAAUUCGUAGUUGACUUUUAAUAUCUGUAGCAGCUUACGAUGGCUGUCACCAGCCAAUAGAGUCUCGACAUUUUCGCCAAAAUAUGUUGCUCAGGCAGCGGCCCCUUGCAUCUUGAGACGCCCCGAGUUCACAUCAGUUCAGUGUUGGUCUGUGGCCCCCGAAUGUCAUCUCCGACAGACAUAUGCAAUUCAAAAGGGGAUUUAUGUUACAUGU